GUUGGAACUAAUACUCACUAGCAUCUUGUGAGCGGUGUAUAUUUGUCUUGCCGGAUGCCUGGCAGUCUUCUCUUCCUAUUCCUCGAGUGAAUCUUAAGCCUGCUUCUUUCGGAGCUUCCCUCUGUCCUAAAGGAAAAGUUUGCACAACGAGAGAGAGAGAUCAUGUGCUCCAACAGUUUGGGAAGAUCAGAAACCCUCGUGAAAAUAGCCCAAAGACUCCGCCUUUACAAACCCCAGCACAGUUUCGACGUUUCUGAUGGCAGUACCAGCGUUAGAAAUUCAAGAAUUCAAGAUUCUGCCGGUGAAUUGGUUCCUCAAGGAUUCGGACCCUGUAGAGCUGCGGUUAUGAUAUGCUUAUUUGAAGGCGAAAGGGGCGGUCUUCGCGUAAUUCUGACCAAAAGAUCUUCAACAAUGUCCUCUCAUUCUGGUGAAGUUGCUUUGCCUGGAGGGAAGUGGGAAGAGGCUGAUAAGAAUGAUGCUGAAACAGCGUUGAGGGAGGCUAAGGAAGAAAUUGGGUUGGACCCUUCAAUCGUGGAGGUUGUCACUAUUCUUGAACCGUUCUACACUAAGCGAAAUAUUACCGUAUUUCCAGUGAUUGGAAUAAUUUGGAACAAGAAUCGGUUCAACCCAGUCCCAAAUGCUGCUGAGGUGGAAUCAGUAUUUGAUGCUCCCUUAGAGAUGUUUCUCAAGAAUGAAAAUCGAAGAGAAGAGAAGAGAGAAUGGAUGGGUUAUCAUUAUUUGCUUCACUUCUUUGAUUACCAAGUUGAGGGUAAAUCCUACAUAAUAUGGGCUCUGACUGCUGCAAUUUUGAUCAAAGCUGCUUCCGUUAUAUACCAACGACCCCCUGCUUUUGAAGAGCAUAGGCCUAAAUUCUGGAAUAGAAGCGCCAAUGAUUAUGUUAUGUUAGUGCCUCGAUUGUGAAUUCACAAGUGUAGAAAUCCUUGAAACUCCAAUCAUUAUCAUUGGAGUGCAAUUUGUUUGAACUAUUCUGCAGCAUUACUUUUAUCCAAGGUACUGCUGAAUUAGUUGUAUUCAUGCGUGGUGAGGCGACUUAUAUUGAUUGGGAGAAAUGUCAAGAGUUUCUUAGUUCA